AUCACCCCGCAGCAAGUCACAGAAAAAACUGUGCCCGAGGUCUGGGCCAGACUCUACGGAAAGCGCUUGAAGCAAAAGACACCACCUCCCAAAUGUCAAGUGGGUGAUCGCGUACGCCUCAACAAGAAACAUCGACCCUUUCAAAAAGGCUAUCUACCUGGAUGGACAGAAGAAGUGUUUGUGGUGACGCAUGUACGUCGACAUCCCAUCGUGACCUAUCGACUCAGUGAAUGGGAUGGUACGCCUAUAAAAGGUACGUUUUACGAACCGGAUGUGCAAAAAGUGCAAGUGUCCGAUGACUCGUUAUUUCGGGUCGAAAAAGUCUUGAAACGUAAAGGACGCAACGUAUUAGUGCGUUGGAAAGGCUGGCCACCCAAGUACGAUAGUUGGAUU